CACUUUCUGACAUGAUUUGUUGCAUCUGUAACCUGGAGAAAUGUACAAAAUUAAAGCUGCUGUUCUUUGUUCUUCUCAUCUUCUCUCCUGCCUUUUCAAGAAUUAAAAAAAAAAAAAAAAAUUCAAGUUUCUUUGAAUUCUUGAGAAAGAUGUAUAGAGCUCCUCCAGUCGAAGGUAUCAAGGAUCGAAAUCCAGACAAUAAGCUGAAAAGACCAGGUGAUUUGCAACAAUGGGGUGAUGAGGCCAUGGAAUUGAGUGGAGAACUAACCCCUUGCUCUAAUUCUCUUAAAAGACAAAGGGUCACAGAUGAUCAGACUGGACUACCAGCAAUUUCAAGCUGUUCGGAACUGGACAAGGAGAUUUGUGGGCUAGCACCCAUUGUCAGAUGUCCUCAGAAUGGCAAGCCCUCUAAAAGUUGCACCCGGAAGGAUGGAACUGAGCAAGAUAUUCAUCUUGCACAAGGUUAUCGACCUGUUUUACCUGGCAACCCAGUUCCUCUAGUAGUAGAAGAGGACGUUGGGUGUCUUAGAGCAUCAUGCUGCAUGGAUGUGCAAACUGCAAGGAUAACAGCUCAAGUGUAUGCAAGGAGAUGGAGUCAAUCAAUAAUGUCUGGUCAGCAAGAGCUCGAAGGGGAGAUCAAAGGAACAGAACAGAUAAAUGAUUCUGGAGAAGCUAAUGGAUCACCAAAGAAUGAAGUUGUCGCCAACAAACAACAGGUUCGAGAUUCUGAAGAGGCCACUGAACCACCAAGCUCUGACAUCUCCAAGAGGAUUAGUCUUGUUGAAACGAUUUACUCCAAGAGGGUAGAAAAGCUCUUGGCUAAUCAAUCCAAGAAAAGUCUACAAUUCAAGGAAGCAAGAGACAAAAUCAAGAAUGAUUUGACAAGAAAGUUACGGAACGAGCACUCAAAUGCAUCAGUUCUUGUUCGUAAGAUGCAUCCCGGUAUUGACGCUAGAAUUAUUGAACUGAAGAAUGUAGAUAAGGAGUUCAUCAAGAAGGAACAACUUAUCAGAACUCAUCUGAAUACGGAGCAAGUAAAGCUGGAUGCAAACCACGAGGCAGAUAGGGAAGAAGAGAGAAAGCUCAAGUCUCACUGGAUGCAUGAAGCCAAAUCUGGAAGGUCAGUGGAUGCGUAUUCAAUUCUUCCGCAAUUCCUGUUUCAAUCUGGAUGAUCUGAAGAACUGUGCACAAGUUCAUUUAGUAGAAGAAACUGUCUCACAUAGUCUCCAAAAGAUGGGAGUUGCAGGGCCUUCUGAAGUUGUUAGAGGUCGUUCUCCAAGAGAUGGGAGUUGCACCAUUUCAUCGUCUCCAAGUGAACCUCAGCAACACCCGCCCACUAUUUCAUCGUCUGAGCCGCCUCUAGGCCCUCUAUUGUCUAUUCUGUCAAAUAAUGAGAGUCCAGUUCUGUCACAAGCUGAACAGUUGCAGAUAUCUACAAGAGCCAAUUCACCCUCUGAGCCAGUCUUGUUGGGCAGUUCUAGUUACGAUACUUCAUUUCUGUCAUAUCAUGGAUUCAGUUCUAAUAACCAAUCUAAUGCUGCUGCUGCUCCAGUUUCUAGCCGGACCCGGAGCAAGCAGAGUCGUGGGUUGUUCUGAAUGUUGUAGUUGGCCUGUGAUAUUGUGAUGGUAACUGUAAUCUAUUGUUGUUUCUGAAAUAGUAGAAUCCUUUGUAA